UGUCAGUCACAAGUGAAUCUCUGACGAACUACCAUGGCGAAGAGAACGAAGCGCAUACAGCCCGGAGGAAUGGACAGAUACAUUCCUAGCCGCUCGUCGAUGAACAUGGACGUGUCGGCUAUGCAUGUGCAAGGGCACACCCCCACGUCCGAAAAGAAGAUGACGCCAUUCCACCAAGCAAUGACGUACACGAUGUUUGGAGUGCCUGACCUUUCCCUCGUGCCAGUCUACAACCUCACGAGCAAUGCCCUACAUCGAAUGGAAAAAGUUUCCAACGCUAUAUUGCUGCGCCAUGUGGAAUCCGCAAUUGUGACGACAGUGUCGGCUACGCGAAUUAUGGAUGCACCGUUUGUGGAAAACGAUUUCUACUUGAACCUGCUUGAUUGGGGCGAAUUGGAUAUCCUUGCCAUAGCUCUGGGCAAGUCGGUGUACCUUUGGAACCGUCAAACAAAGUCCCACCUCGAGCUCGUGUCGUACCGAAACCAUCUUGUUACAUCAUUGAAGUGGGGAAUGGCGAUGAACCGCCACUUACUCGCCGUGGGGAUUGAGGACGGGACAACCCAAGUUUGGGACACUCACGUCAAGCAAUGCAUAUCGCGAAUGAAUGGUCACGCUGCGCGAGUAGGCAGUAUCGCGUGGAGAGGUGCGAUUCUGACAACCGGGUCGUUAGACAACACGAUUACACAUCACGACCCGCGCAAGCCAAACCAUCAAGUGUCAACGUUACGAUAUCACACUGGAGAAAUUUGUGGCCUCGAUUGGUCUCCCGACGAACGCAUGCUCGUGUCAGGUGGCAGCGACCACAUCGCCUGCAUUUGGUCGAAAGAUUUCUCACGCCUGACACCAUUGCAUGUCAUCGACACCCACAAUGCCGCUGUGAAAGCGCUCCGGUGGAGUCCUUGGGACGUUGGAGUUUUGGCAACAGGUGGUGGCUCCAGUGACAAAUCCGUAAAAUGGUGGCGCAUCACCGAACGCACGUGCAAGCUCCAGCAUUCGUUAGACACAGGGUCCCAAGUAUCUGGCCUCAUUUGGUCACUACCUGAGCUCCACCACCGCAAGCAAUUGUUGUCGUCGCACGGACCUGUUUCGAAUACGAUCAAGCUAUGGGACGUUGCUGGGAUGACCCUGAUAAAGGAAUAUGGUGGCCACGCCCGUCGCAUCCUAAAUAUGACGGCGUCUCCCGACGGUACUACGGUUGCUACGUUGAGCGCCGAUGAGACCCUUCAUUUUUGGCCCGGUUUCGAUAAAACACUGCGAACCAAGAAACGAAGUCGUGACGACUCGUUUGUGCUGACGGAAUUAUUGCGUUGAGUUAUGUCGGCCGCGUCCACGCCACUUCAAAUGUCUUUUCGUUGAAGUAAAACGCUUUGCCAGUGUUUGCGUCCUCAACUUCGACCCAUUGACGCAGUUCCGCAGUGGUGGUAAACUUGACACGCUGGGGUUGCCGUCGAGUGUGUUUUUUUCGUACUUUCGCGGGAGGUUUUCGCUUCCGUUUGAAUUUUGGAGUCGCCAUGGCCCUCUACAAAUACCACGACGAUGUCGGUGUAUGCUACGAUUGCAACAUACCUUUGGCAUCGAUGCAAUCUCCUCCUUCUGCUCCAUGGCCCAUUCCGGAAUCAAUCCAAUGGCUGUCCAUUUGUCACGCGGCCAUGCCUGACAUCUCGCUAGGACUCGAUCGGCAUAUGGUACAGCCUUCAGCCAAUGCGCUACUGCUGGACCAGCCGAUACGUACUCGUGCAGCAUGAUUUGGCAUUGGGCCAAAUGAAACCAGUCCAUGUCAUGUUCCUGAACCGCAUUGACACCAAUGUGAAGAUGACGACACUGUAGAAAAUCACCUACUGCUCGGCGAUGCUCCAGAUGAGCUUCGUCAUGGCGGCGCUUGAUAGUUUGUUGAUACAUGUCCUUUGCGACCAAGAACUCGCUGGCCGCUAGCGCUUUGGCCCCAAAAUACCGCCACACCGCAGCAUCACUGAUCCAAGCCUUCCAUGAC